CAUGUAAUAAAAAGCAUUUUUCUUAGGUUGUACUGUGACACACCGACUCUUUCUACAACUACAACGACCAAACAGAACUGUAAACCCCAUUCUUCAUCUUAUUUUUGUUUAUAUUUGCAUUUUUUUUAAUUGUUUUUCCUCGUCACGCCGUACAGAAAUCGCAAUUCCCCAUUUCAAAACUCAAAAUAAAACAAUAAAGUAGGAGAAAAAGGUGGAAAAGCGGAAAGGAAAUCACCCAUAAAGACUACACAUUGGGCAUCAUCGGCAGAUAUCCACAAAAGGGGAAGAAGAUCUGAAGGAGACACACAUGUGGAUUUGAUCCUUUGAUCUCUUAUCACUCAUCCAUGGCUGGACCAUCAUGGUUGGUUGACAGCAAUAGAAUUGCCACAAAAAUCAGGAGUGCAUCUGGUGCAUGUGAUCCUGGAAGAGUCGAUUGGAAAAGCAACCCAAGUAAAGCUUGCCCAAAUUGCCUACAUAUUAUCGACAAUAGUGAUGUCACUCAUGCGUGGCCAGGAUUACCCAGAGGGGUGAAAUUUGACCCAUCCGAUCCGGAAAUUAUAUGGCAUUUACUUUCCAAAGUUGGUGUUGGGAAUCUGAAGGCCCACCCUUUUAUUGACGAAUUCAUUCCAACUGUUGAGGAAGAUGAUGGAAUCUGUUAUACCCAUCCUCAGAAUUUACCAGGUGUAAAGCAAGAUGGUAGUGUAUCUCACUUCUUUCACAGAGCAAUCAAGGCUUACAGCACUGGAACUCGGAAGCGUCGAAAGAUACAUGGUGAUGAUUUUGGAGAUGUUCGCUGGCACAAGACUGGCAGGACCAAACCAGUUAUACUGGAUGGGGUUCACCAAGGGUGCAAGAAAAUUAUGGUACUUUAUGUGAGCUCCAUUAGGGGUGGGAAACCGGUUAAGACUAAUUGGGUAAUGCACCAGUAUCACCUGGGUACAGGGGAAGAUGAAAGAGACAGAGAAUAUGUCAUCUCCAAAGUAUUUUAUCAGCAGCAGCAAGUCAAGCAGAGUGAAAAAGGCGAAGAAGAUAUUCCUGAAGGCAUUGAUAUGAUGAUUGCACAAGUAGAUCCAAUCACUCCCAAAGCUGUGACGCCGUUAAGGCAAUUUUCUGAGUUUGACCUGGUUCAAGAGUCCACUUUUUGCAUAGAUCCCUUGGCUCAGCAUCAUGAAAUGGGUUUCAUAGAAGAAGAUGUGGAAGCUGCAUUUGAGAUGCCUGAUUGUCCAGAUCACCACCCUGCAGAAAAUCAUGCCGAUCAACUGGUAGAUAAUAAUGAGAAUCAGGCUGAUGAGGAACCAAAAUGGUGGGACAGCGAGUCACAACAUCUGUUAGACUCACAACAGCUUGUGGAAGGGCUGUCUCUGUGUGACGAGCUUCUUCAGAGCCAGUCUCCAAAUAGGAAUGGAAAUGAAAAUGACGGAGCACUAAAAGGCAAGCCCUGUCUUGCUGAUUAUGCUCAAUUAGGACCAGAAAAUUUAAAGAAGGAUUUAGAGGAGUGCCAAGCUUUGGUUUUCGAUCCAACAAACCUUGAACUUGAUACACCUCCUGAUUUUCGUCUGAGCCAGCUUGAGUUUGGAUCGCAGGAUAGUUUUCUUGCUUGGGGAGGCAACUAGAUGGUUUGUGGGUCUUGAUUUCAUUCUCCCCCGUGGACAAAAGACUCCUACAUUUUGGUAACCUUUUUUUGUGGAGACUCGGUCCUCUAAUUUUGGGGGUUGGCGUACAUGUAGGCGGUCAAGUACUGUUUACAUUACAUAAUCUGGUGGUGUGUUGAUCUCAUGCUUUUGCAGGUUGAGAAACUGUAUGUUUUUGGAGGUCCAUAACUGUCUACCUGGUUUUGUUAUUCAAAAAUGUUGUCUCAAAAGCUUAAUUUUAGCUAAUGUUUAUGUAAAAUUGCAGCAUCUGCUUCAGAUAUGCAAAAUCUGUUGUUUUAUUUUGUGCUCCUGAUAAGAUUUUUAUAAACUUUGCAUUUCUGGAAGACAAUUCUGAUUUCAUGUGCUUAGGGGUUGCAUGCAACGAG